UUGUCUACUGUCGACUAUUAUACGACCGUCAUCCAGAUGUCGUAGCGUAGCCGUCGCACCCAACAUGGCGACUGUGGUGCGUAUUAAGCGUAAGGCUGAUGAGAAUCCGGCAUGCACAAUUGUAUUGGCGUCCAAAAAACCAAAAGUAGAGAGCAAUGACGCAUUGAAUGGAAGUUAUGUGUUCUCUUACGCAGGGACAUUUAAAGAUCCGGAUUCAGAAGAAGCUAUUGAAACUUUGAACCGUGUCAAGUCUGGAAGGUUGCACUUACGUGAUGCUGUGAAGUCUCACAAAUCUGAUGUCUCUACGAAAAUCCGCGAGCAACACAGAAAAGCUAGUAAGGAGAAGAGGUUGCAGUUAUUGCUCAGUCACCGCGCGAUCUUAGAUGAAAUCACGACUGAAGACACGGAAAAUCUUGAGCCUACUCACCCACGGGAAAGCACAAACGACUUAUUUAGAAUUUACAAUGUGGCAGCAGAAGAUCUAAACGAGGAGCACGAAGAAGAUCCUACAGCCAAAGAAAGUAUGACAAUAACAUGUAAUGAUGUGCCAAUGGUCAGGUGUCCUGCAGCACCUGACACUUCUCGUGAUGACUAUGUGUAUGACAUUUACUUCAGUGACGCUGGAGUUACACUGGUUAAUCAGGAGAGCUAUAUCAUGGAAAGGUAUGCCAUUUCUGAAGAGUUCGUACCUGAAGCUGCAGAUGAGUCUGACCUAGAAUUUGAUGACGAUAGUGACAGUAAUGCAGAGGAUAAUUGGCGAAAUGAGUACCCCGAUGAAGAUGCUGGCUUUGAGAAACGUUUAGACUUUUAUGAUGAUUAUUCGGAUGAUGGUGGUGCAGACUGCGUUACUGACAGAAUGCAUACAGUCUACUUGGAUGAUGAAGAUGAAUAUAGCCCAGAAGAUUGACAUGCCUGAAUUACGUGUCAUGGUUGUACAUUUAUUUAUUUUAACAACUGUAAACUACUUUUAUUGUAGUACAAUGUGCCAAGAAAAGCAUUACUGUCCCAAUAAUCUCGGCCAUCAUUGGGACCACAAUGCUUCUCCUGAUACGUACAACUACUAUAUGCUUGGGGUUCUGUUUUGUACCACGAAGUCACGAAAUAAAAAGUGUGGAAAAUAA